UUGUGACACAGCAUCUGCUGUCCUGAACUACAUGUCUCUCCAUGUUGGCUCAGUAGUCUGGUAAACUGCCUGUUAGUACAACUGAAUAUAAAUGAUCACGUUAUACAUUCAGGUGAGCGCUGCAGGCAAGCUGGACAGCGAGGGCCCGCCCAGCUACCAGGAGGCCACCACAGGCUAUGAGGAGAUGCAGGCCCAGUUCUCCUGGGACGACAAGGCCGUGCGGAGGAUCUUCAUCAGGAAGGUCUACGCCAUCCUGAUGAUCCAGCUGUUGGUGACGGUGGCAAUAGUGUCUGUCUUCACAUUCUGGGAGCCUGUGAGGUUCUUCAUCCAGACUCAUCCUGGCUUGUACAUGGCCUCCUACUUGACUUUCUUUGCCACCUACAUCGCUUUAUCCUGCUGCGGAGACCUGAGGAGGCAGUUUCCCUGGAACCUCAUCUUGCUAACUGUCUUUACCUUGAGUAUGGCCUGCAUGAUGGGGUUCGUGUCAAGCUUUUACAACACUAAGUCGGUGACGCUGUGCCUGGGCAUCACUGCUCUGGUGUGUUUGUCCGUCACCAUCUUCAGCUUCCAGACCAAGAUUGACGUCACAUCCUGUCACGGGGUGCUGUUCGUGCUGUGUGUGGUCAUGCUCCUCUGUGCCGUCACACUCUCCAUCGUUGUCCCAUUCGGAUACGUACCCUGGUUACACGCCAUCUACGCUGUGAUAGGAGCCAUCCUCUUCACUCUUUUCCUGGCAUUUGACACUCAGCUGCUCAUCGGGAAUAAGAGCUACACCUUGAGUCCAGAAGAAUACAUAUUUGCCGCCCUGAACAUCUACCUGGACAUUAUCUACCUGUUCAGCUUCCUGCUGCAGAUAUUCGGAGGCGGCCGAGAGUGA